UGACGCCUUGGCGUCUAUCGACGUCGACACUAUUCCGCCCCCAGAGGCUUGGGACAGCCACGUUCACAUUGUGGAUGAAGAUCAAUUCCCAUUGCAUCCACUACAUCCCUUCUGACCCAAUAAAGCCCCGUUAUCUAGUCUACAGGCUUUUCACCGCAGCUUGGGUAUUAAGCAUGCAUGCUUGAUUGCAUUCUCCGCCUAUCACACAUAUUACAUUUCCAUUCUGAAUGCACUCUCACGCCUUGGUAAAGGCUGCGCAGUGGCUUAUAUCGAUCCGAAUACCGUAUCGGAUGAGGUGUUGCAACAGUUACACAACGCUGGCGUACGCGGUAUCCGCCUUAAAAUGCGCACCCGGGGUGAUCCGCUGAACAAGGCUGCAAUGAUAGCAGCGGCCGGCCAUGUGUGGCCCUUUGGAUGGAUCAUUCAGGGGUAUAUCGCCUUGGAGCAAGUGUGGACCAAAGGGGGCGGCACAUAUCGGUUUCCUAGUCUUCCCGACCUCGAUGAGUACGUAACCGACAUAUUGCUAACGGCACUAGACCGAAUAGUCUGGGUGACUGACUGGCCGCGCAGCGCAGGCAUGGAGGCCAACCCAGAAGGAGAUCGCAACAUGGUGCAAGUAUGCCGGAAUGUUGAUGAUACGGCAUUCAUAACUAGAGGUAGAAAGUGGUACCAAGACGUCGAAGGCGGCACUGGAGAACUAUUGGACCGCAAGUUCUGGGUAGAGAACCCAAAAAAGCUGUGGCAGUGGGAUGACGACGAAUGAGAAGGCCUUGAACA